CAGGAAGAUGCAUUCAACCGGUUAAAGUAUCAAUUGACAGAUGCACCUGUUCUUCGAUACCUGAUUUUAAUAAGUCAUUUAUUAUAUAUGCUGAUACUUCUGGGACCGGUUUGGGCACCGUGUUGGCCCAGAAAGAUGACCUAGGAAAAGAGUACGUGGUGGCUUAUGUGAGCUGCUUAUUGACUAAAGCAGAAAAAAACUAUAGCGCUACGAAACUCGAGUGCCUUGCCAUUGUGUGGGCUAUUGAAUAUUUUCGCCUUUAG